AUGUCCAAGAUAGGGCCAAAAAAGGGGUCUGGUGGCCAGUUUGGGCGGAGGAGGCCAGGGAACGGCGCUCUGGUGGCGCUCCUGGCUGAGCUCCGGUGGCCAGUGGCUAAGCUCGGUGGAUGGGCGGCGCAGGGAGGCUGCGGGCGGUGCCAAGUGGUCGGGCAGAGCAGAGGCUGGGCGGAGCGGCGGCCGGAGAGGCGGGUCGGGCGUGGGCGACAGGCCGGGGAGCUGAGCAGCGAGACAAGGGAGCUGGGGGCUGUAGGUGGUAGCGGGUCGAUCAGGGGCUGCAGGCGGCGGCAGGCCGCAGGCGAAGGCGACAAGGGCCAGGGCCGGCGGUGGCGGAAGCCGGCAGUGGGGAGGCUAGGCCUGGCAGCGGAAGUCGCAGGGUGCAGCGGCGGGCACAGAGUGGGGGCCGCUAUGGCAGCCGGCGGCGGCGGCGAGGUGGAGCAGGGCUGCCGAGGAACGCAGGGGGCCGGGCCGACGAGGGCCGGGAGCCGGCAAGUGGCCGGGCCAGCAGGGGCCGGUGGGGGCCAGAGGGGCCGUAGGGGCCGGACUGAUAGGUCUGACAGGCUUGUCAAUCCGCUGAUGGCUUAUAGUGCCUCAUUUUCUGACCUGAUUAAGAUGUAUAAGGUUGUUGGAAGAUCAGAUUGGUCAGAUUCUCCGCCCAUCUUAUUUGCGAAUCCCACAGCACUCAUCCAAACGACGUCAACUGUUUUGAACGCUACUCUGGCUCCUCAGUCCUCAGAUGGCAGUGAGAGAUCAGACAAGAUCAACGUGGGCGGCUAUAGGCAGCUAGAGUCGGCUCUUGGGAAACUGUAG